CUGUUUCAUGAGCGGAAACGGAUAAACUGUUGGUCUGCCUUUCACGAAAAUGGCUACGUACUUCUAUCUGGAAUGAAAUGUCAAACUCUUAUUGACAGGAGUUAACUAAUUGUAGUGCAUGUGAUACGUUAUACAGUAUGGCGUACUUAUUUCAGCCUGAUUAUGUGCGCUACGUAUGUAGUUGCGGAUCUUUAAAACCCAUCUCAAAAAUGUAUUUCUGCCGUCAUUGCUUGAAAAUUCGGUGUGGUUACUGUGUCUGUCAUGAGGCUGAUUCACAUUACUGUCCUAACUGUAUGGAAAACUUGCCAUCAGCAGAAGUACGACUUAAGAAGAACAAGUGUUCCAAUUGUUUUGAUUGCCCUUGUUGCUUUCAAACAUUAUGUACACGAGCAGGUCAAGCACCUCUGAGGCCACCUGCUUCCUCAGCAGAUGCUAAACAAGAUGUUAAGGCUACUCCAAAAAAGGUGUACUACUUGUCCUGCUCUUUAUGUCGUUGGACAUCUAGGGAUGCUGGAAUUCCAGAUCAAUAUGUGGCUACUGGAGGAUGGCCUGAGCAAGAAAAUCCUAAUUCUACAAGAAUUAGUACACUGAUUGAUUUUCACAAAGUUCUUGCUUCUAAAGAGAAGCAGGAACAACAGCGUAAGAAGUUUCCAACGAAACGUACAUUUCUACAAUAUGAAAAGUUUGGUUUAACAUCAGCCAUGGUACGCAAACGUGCUGGGAAGCCGCUAGAACCUAAGUCUCUAAUACAGCACUCUGAUCAGCCUGCACCAGCAGUUGCAAACGAAGAAGUCGAUGACUUGCCAGCAGGAAUAUUUACAGAAGCUGUAGAUAUAACCAAAAUUACUACACUGGAACAACGUUUACAACAUCCUGACGUACAGGCUGAGAAAAUUAAUGAGUUGCGUCCACAGCACAAACAGUUCUUAGUGAAGCGUUCGCAACGAUGUCGCGGUUGUGAACAUAAUGUCAGUAAACCAGAGUACAGUCCGCAGUCUAUUAAAUUCAAAAUUCAACUUGCUGCGUUUUACCAUGUGCCCGAGAUUCGCAUUGUGACUUGCGAACCACUACGUGUUGGAGUUGCUAGUGAGCUUUUACUAAAAAUUUGUAAUCCAACUCAACAUCAGACUCAAAUAAGUCUUCUUCCACUCGAUACUCCGACAACGCCUACAACUGUAACUGCAUCUGGAGAAGAGCAAGAGUUAAAGCGAGAAAAUAUACAAAUGGGAAGUGAAUCACCGAAUCUGUUACCAUUGGCUGUACGACAGAUAUCUGUCACGGAAGAUCCUAAACCGAUUACUGUAGUGUCCGGUGCUGAAAUAGCUUUGCCUGAAUGUCCUUUAUUUUUACCACCCCGAGAUGAUGCAGCUGAAUAUGAUGAGACUAAUGACGCUAGUCAUUUUCAAGACGAUAAAAAGGUGGUUGUAUGGCGCAAAGGAAAUAAAAUCGUGGUACGUUUACAUGUGACUCCAUUCGCUAAUGAGCAAAACAAAGGAGAACCUGUAAUAGUAGGAUUUGUUUUGCGACAUGGUUACGUGAAUACUCUAGCGACUUUGGAACAUAAAGCCCCUCAGAAGUCAGAAUUAAAUGUUCAAUUAUUUCUGACUUUGGGAAAUCUCGUUGGUACGGCGUAAAUUUUUUUUCGACCGUAAAAGUAAUGUAAUUAAAGCCUACAAAGCAUUAGUGUGGAGUCACAAGUCUUUUAAUAAAUAUUGCAAUGCACUUUUUUAUUUAACUUUGUAUGAAAUCAGUAAUCUGUUAUAAUUUAUGCAUCCAGUAACACUAGCACACUAUCAUAAGUAACGUGAUUUGUUAGUAAGCUUUGAUAUUGACUUAUAAUAGUAUUAUACCGAAACAAAUAAACGUUUAAAGUUA